CGUGGCGCCGACGAAUCCCUGCGCACAUUCGAUCACCGAGCGAACCACCGUAGUCAUCACCCCUUCAGUGGAGGAGGAACAGCAAAGCUACACGAUCUCUCUCUCUCGCCCUCCUAACGCCCUCACGUGGCUCGAGAUUGAAAACCCAUGUCCUUGAUAUUUGAUUUUUGUGUUUAAUUCGUUGUUCUUCUCCCCGUACCACCCGAUUAGCACGGUUGGCUACGUACGGUGCGAAAGCAGUUCAACAUACAUACGCGGCUACAGUGCCGGAUUGAGUUAGUGCGGGGCCUGUAGCAUAUGUUAUAAAGGGGUCCUAAAUAAAUAAAUAAACCGUGCAUAUUACUACUUUUUUACUCGCAUAGUAAAGUAAUUGUAUUUUUUCUUUUGCUAUACAGACAGAUAAUAAGACAAAUCACUAACCUUAAACACAGUUGUUCAUAAAAGUUUAAGGCAGGUAUAGUACUAUAGUAAUAGAGCAAGUGCAGAAUCACUGAAUCGGGAUUUAUAGCUUAAAAGGAUUUAGCGCGGGUCCGUUAAAAGUGCCGGGCACGUAGCUACUUUUGCUACUAGGAUAAUCCGCCACUGCGUGGCUGGCAGACAUCGACACAAUGCCAUGCGCAACGAAUAUAAUUGGCAUCCACACCGCAGCCUGCGCCCUCUGUGAAAGGAGCGACCCCACUGGGUUGAGGCCACCAGCCCAUCUCGUGUGUAACGAGACGGAGCUGUCUCUGUGCAUAUCCUCCCACCCUCCACGUGCAGUGCUGAACGUCAUGGACGAUGAGGGCGACUCGCCGCUCCACGUGGCGGCCGGCAGCGGGCAAGCCGACGCGGUGCGACUGCUGCUCGUCCUUGGGGCGAACCCCAACGUCCUGAAUCUCGCGCAGAAGGCCCCACUGCACGUAGCGUCUGAGCUGGACCUGAGCGAGACCAUAGAGGCCCUGAUGUCGCAGGCGCGCACGGACGUUGACAUCGAGGGCGUGCACGGGAUGACUCCCGUCAUGGUGGCCUGCUCCUUCGACCACCCCAGGAGCAUCGCCGUGCUGAUGGACCACGGCGCCCGCAUGUGCAAGAAGAGUCAGCUGGGAUUCUUCCCGCUCCACAUCGCGGCCAUGGCCGGCUCCACAAAGUCCUUCCAGUUCAUGCUCCGCAAGGCGGAGGAGAAGGGCUACACGAAGGAGACCAUCCUGAACUACGCGGACAAGAGCCGGAACAGCACCCUCCACAUAGCGGUGCACGCCGGCCACCUGGGCAUUAUCCGCAUCUGCCUGCAGUCGGGCGCCCGUAUCGACGCCAAGCAGAACGAUGAGUCCACGCCUGUGCACCUGGCGUGUGCCCAGGGAGCAAUGGACAUGGUCCAGUUGAUGUUCUCCAUGCAGGACCCGCAGAGGGAGAGCCUCAAGCUGCGCGAUGCCGAGGAGCAGACGCCGCUGCACAAGGCGGCCAUGUUUGAUCACUACGAGCUGGUGGAGUACCUGGUGCGGGAGGGCGCCGAGCUGGACAGCCUGGACAGGGAGCAGCGCUCUCCGUGCCUCCUGGCGACUCUGCGUGGAGCCUGGAGGACCGUCACGACGCUGCUCUCCCUGGGAGCCAACGUGAGCAUCCAGGACAUCAAGGGGCGAAACUUCCUGCACCUGGCGGUCUCGCAAGGCGGGUGGCUGGGGAACUUUGGAAAGGACAUCUUUCAGCGCGAGGACAUCAAGGCUCUGCUGGAAGACAAGGACACGGAGGGCUGCACGCCGCUCCACUACGCCUCGAAGUAUGGCACAAUCGAGGCGCUGGGCGGGGUGCUGCCACUGCAGGCCAGCAUUCACCUCAAGAGCAAGGCCAACAAGUCUCCACUGCACUUCGCUGCCGAGUACGGGCGGCUCAACUCGUGCGCGCAGCUCCUGCAGACGGCGCGCGGCUCCAAGCUGAUGAACGAGGGCGAUGGGGACGGCCUCACGGCCCUCCACCUCGCCGCCUCCAACGGCCACACGCGCGUCGUGCAGCUGCUGCUCAGCAAGGGAGCGCUGCUGCUGCGAGACCACCAGGGCCGCACCAGCCUGCACUGGGCAGCUUUGGGUGGCUACACGCAGACCAUCAAGCUUCUGCUCGAGACGCAUCACAACCUGCUCAACAAGACACAGGAAGGAGGGCACACGGCGCUGCACCUCUGCGGACGCGAGGGCCACGCGGCGACUGCACGUUUGCUGCUGGACGAGGGAGCGGAGUUGACGCUGAACGCGGAGGGCUUCUCCUGCCUCAACGAGGCCAUCCUCAACGGCCACGCCGACGUGGUGCUCAGCAUGGUCACGCACCACAGGUGCAACGAGUUGAUGACGUACUUCCAGAAGGAGGACACCACGCGCUUCCCCAUGUUCCAGCUCAUCAACAAUAUGCCCGACAUCUGCAAGGUUGUGUUGGACAGAUGCAGAGAAGAGUCGAGCGUUGACAGGAACAGCAAGGAAUACUGGCAAACCUACAACUUCCAUUUGCUGCAGUGCCCAAUUAACAAACGCGACACCCUUAAAGCGGAAAAUGGGAAUAACCUGUACGAGCCGCUCUUUUCCAUGAAUGCCAUGGUGAGGUUCAAUCGCGUCAACCUCCUCACUCACCCCGUCUGCGAGCAGUUCCUCAAGAUGAAAUGGCUCUCGUACGGCAUGAAGAUCUACUCGCUGAACCUGUUGGUGUACAUGCUGGGCCUCGUGCCGCUCACCUACCUCGUGGCCUCCUCCACAGCCGACAUGCACCACGGCCACGACAAGGACAAUGGCACCUUCGGACACGGCAACACGAGCGGCGUCGAUUACAACAUGCCAUUCAAGACGUUUCAGAGAAACAAGAUGAACCUGACCGCCAUGACCAUGGUGCUGUGCACAUCCGUGCUGGGCAUGAUCAAGGAGAUCGUACAAAUUGUGCAACUGGCGGGUAAGUACUUUGUGGAGCUCACGAACCUCCUCGAGUGGGUGCUGUACAGCUCAUGCGUCGUGUUCGUCGUGCCCAUGAUGACGGGCUACGCCGAGGAGUGGACCUGGUCGGCAGGUGCCGUGGCCGUGUUCCUCGCCUGGGUCAACUUCCUCCUCUACUUCCGACGGUUUGAGUUCGCCGGCAUCUACGUGGUGAUGCUGCUGGAGAUCCUGCGCACGCUCUGCCACAUCGUCACCAUCUUCUUCUUCCUGCUGCUCGCCUUCGGCCUCUCCUUCUACGUGCUCAUGAGUCGCCAGGUGGCGUUCAACACAGUGUCCGUGUCCCUGAUGCAAGCGUUCGUCAUGAUGCUGGGAGAGAUGCAGUACACGGACAACUUCCUGACGCCGUUCAUCAAUCAGGAGCUGCCCUUCCCCGAGCUCACCUGCGUGAUGCUUGUCGUCUUUCUCAUUCUCAUGCCCAUCCUGCUCAUGAACCUCAUGAUUGGUCUGGCGGUCGGUGACAUAGCGGAGGUUCAGCGUAACGCGUGCCUAAAGAGGAUUGCCAUGCAGGUGGAGCUGCACACGGAGCUGGAGAAGAAGCUGCCGUCGUGGCUGCUGCAGUGCGUGGACCAGGUGUCCAUCACCGUCUACCCAAACAAGUGUCGCAGAUCCAUGCUGGUUAGCAUCUUCUCGUUUGGCAACCGCAACAUGGACUCGCCAGGAAAUGAGAACGUCCCCUACCAGCAGCUGGAGAUGGAGAUGCAGAAGCAGAAGUACAGGCUCAAGGACAUCUCGGCUGCUCUGCAGCGGCAGCACGAGCUGCUCAAGCUCGUCGUGCAGAAGAUGGAGAUCGUGUCGGAGGCGGAGCGCGACGAAGGGGACGACAUCCCCUCCUACUCCCUGGCCAAGCGACGCCUGCUCAGCACGCGCCGCAGCCACUGGGACUCGGUCAUCGCCGCCAUCAAGAAGUAGCUGCCACCCCCCCCCCUUCCACACCCCUCCCCCCUAUUAAAACAAAUGUUCGUUGUACCGGCGUGACGGCCCCUACGUGAAUGGGGCAAUAGACUCUUAAGCCCCCGCCCCUCCCCCCCCCCGGGUUGACUGUCACCCCCCCCUCCCCCCACAAAUGGGAUCGAUCGCGUCGGGUUUGUAUGCCUCCUCCGUGGAAUGCUUUGCCCGGCUUGUGUGUGUUUUUUUUUUGUCGCCCCAGCAGCAGAUGUGUCCGUAACGUAAUGCAUGUCUGUAUGUGUUUUCAACUUCUUUCGCACCGUACAUAGGCGACCGCAUUAAUCAGAGGUGCGGAGGAAGGGACAGGAAACUAAACACGAAAAGCAGUUCUAGAGAAAUGAGUUUGUCAAUCAAGAUUUCAAAGCGCUUAGCUCCACAAUACAGCUCGCAGAAGAUCGACAAGUUACGCGUAUGGUGUAGUAAAGUGGAGGGGUGCUUUCGACUAUUCCAGGACAUCUGGCCUUUUGGAAGAGUAGGCAAAAACACCUCCUCGAGAGGUUUUCUCUCUAGAGCGCCUUCUAGCGGAAGGCCCUUCCGCCAGCAGUGGCAUGAGCGAGCGCUUCCAGGGCUGCGCCCUGCCCUCGCCACCUCUCGACCCCACCAACUAUAUUUACGCGAUCUCACCCAAAAAGAUCCUCUUCUGUGGAAGAUAUUGGUCGCGAAAUUCUACGCGUUAAAAAUUGACGGUAAUGUUGGUUUGACGGAUUGCGCGACGAAUACUUUCACAUCGGUGUGCGCGACGUCUCUCGAGUGGGACGGAGGAAGCCUUUGGAAGCACCUUGGCGGCGUGGCCGAGCGGUCAUGCGGACCUUUAGCCGCUCGUCGCCGAGGUUCUCCGUUCGAGCCCUGCGGGCCACCCUGGUUAAUACAACCGCGCAUUGUGUUAUCAU